GCAGGUAAUAAUUAAUAUUCAUUCAUACCUUUUACUUAUCUUACUUAUUAUUAUCUUCCUCUUUCACUUUUACCCCUUCAAACCCCUGAUCUUCUGAUGACGUUCUGGCCUGUGUGUUCGUUCAUCUUUAGUCGUAUUUGCAAUUGCAAUUCUGCUGGUUUCACUCUAACCUCCUGUUUGUGACGACGAAUUUGUUAGGUUGCAGAAGUUGUGAAUUAUACUUAUGAAUGGCGUGGAGGGAGCUUGGGAGAAAGAGCAUUUAUGCUAGCGUUUCAAGGAUUCUGACUUCAAAAGCGUUUAGAGACACUGCUUUGUCUUCAAAUUUGCUUUCAGCUUCAGUUGGACGCGUUAGAGGGUAUACCAGCAACUCAGCUUUACUUGGUGAUGACACUUUAAGUUGCUUGAAAAACCGAUUCUUAAUAAGGCGUUUCCACGCGACCCCAGAACUACUUAAGGGCAGAGAUGACGACGUAGUUGGUCUACAGAAACCGAAAAAAGGGAAGUUUAAAAAGAAACCUGCAAAAGGAACGCCACCGGUUGACGCUCCAUACGUUCCACCUAAACUACAAACGAAUGGCAAGUCAACUUCAGAGAAAACCAUCGAAAUAUUUGACGGAAUGACAACCGUAGAGCUUGCUAAACGAUGCGGUCAAUCAGUGGCCACUUUGCAAAAUAUUCUUGUAAACGUUGGGGAAAAAGUUGCGUCAGAAUUCGACCCGUUGGGCAUUGACAUCGCUGAACUAAUUGCAAUGGAAGUUGGAGUAAAUGUUAAGAGGCUCUACUCAUAUGAAGGUUCGACAGUUCUUUCCCGUGCACCCGUGGUAACCGUCAUGGGUCAUGUUGACCACGGAAAAACCUCUCUUUUAGAUGCCCUCCGCCAGACGUCAGUUGCCGCCAAAGAAGCUGGUGGCAUAACGCAACACCUCGGUGCAUUCGUUGUAAGCAUGUCAUCAGGCGCGUCGAUAACCUUUCUCGACACUCCGGGCCAUGCGGCUUUUAGCGCCAUGCGAGCGAGAGGCGCAGCAGUCACCGACAUAGUGGUGCUAGUGGUAGCUGCUGAUGACGGUGUGAUGCCGCAAACAAUCGAAGCUAUGUCACAUGCCAAGGCAGCAGACGUCCCGAUAGUAGUCGCUAUUAACAAAUGCGAUAAACCUGCAUCCGACCCGGAACGAGUCAAAGUCCAACUCGCUGCUGAAGGGUUACCGCUUGAAGAAAUGGGUGGUGAUGUACAAGUGGUUGAAGUAUCCGCGGUUACUAAAAAAGGGCUCGAUAAGCUUGAAGAAGCGUUGCUUCUUCAAGCCGAGUUAAUGGAGUUAAAAGCCCGAGUAGACGGAGCGGCCCAAGCUUACGUGGUUGAAGCAAGACUCGACCGUGGGCGGGGCCCGUUGGCUACGGCUUUGGUGAAAGCCGGGACUAUGGUUUGCGGUCAACAUGUUGUAGUUGGUUCCGAGUGGGGGAAGAUACGCGCGAUUCGGGAUACAGCGGGUAAAUUGACUAACAAGGCCUUACCGGCUAUGCCGGUGGAGAUUGAGGGGCUUAAAGGGCUGCCGAUGGCGGGUGAUGAUAUUACGGUUGUGGAUUCGGAAGAGAGAGCGCGGAUGCUGAGUGCGGGAAGGAAGAAGAAACUGGAACAAGAUAGGCUUAGGAAGUUGAAUGAGGAAAAUAUUGCGGCUGCAGAAAAGAAAAAGAAGAAGGAACAAGAUAGGCUUAGGAGGUUGAAUGGAGAAGAGGUUUCGGAUUCAGAAACGGAAGAGGAGGAGUUUACGCGGAUUGAAUUGCCGAUUAUUGUAAAAGCGGAUGUUCAAGGGACGGUUCAAGCUGUCACUGAUUCACUUAAAACAUUGAAUAGUCCCCAGGUUUUUGUGAAUGUUAUCCAUGUUGGAGUCGGAGCAAUUUGUCAGUCUGAUCUUGAUAUGGCACAAGCUACCGGUGCAUGUAUUGUUGGAUUUAAUGUACGGGCCCCACCAACAUCUCUCACUUUGGCUGCUGCUCAAGCGAACAUAAAGAUCAAAUUGCAUAGAGUGAUCUACCAUCUUCUAGAGGAUAUCGGCAACUUCAUAGUGGAAAAAGCUCCCGGAACAUACGAAACAGAGGUGGCUGGUGAGGCACAAGUACUCAACAUCUUCGAGCUCAAAGGAAGAAGCAAAGCCAGAGGAGCCGAUGUCAAGAUUGCCGGUUGCAGAGUCAUGGAUGGCCACGUCAGCAGGUCAUGCACCAUGAGACUUUUACGAAGCGGUGAAGUUAUGUUCGAAGGGUGUUGUGUUUCGUUAAAAAGAGAGACUCAAGAUGUUGAAACCGUCCAGAAAGGAAACGAGUGUGGUCUUGUUCUUCGUGAUUGUUUCGAUUUCCAGAUUGGAGAUGUUAUUCAGUGUUUGCAUCAAGUUAACAAGAAACCUAAGUUUAUUUCUUCGGAAAGUGGAGCGGUUCGUAUCGAAUGCUAGUAGGAUAACUAUUAAUGAUGUGAAGAAACUGGCAGGUUUGGGAACUGAAACCUGUGAGAAUUUUGUGACUUAUUAUCUAUAACUAAUCAUUUAUGUAUUUUGAUCAUAAUUUUGGUUAUUGUACACCCAUAAUUGGGACUUGAGAACAAAUAUUAUACCAUUACGUUUAUUCAUAAUAAAUAUGAUAGGAAAAACGGUUAUG